AUGAUUAAAUCUUUUAUAAACAAUGGAAUAAAAAUAUAUUCUUUAACAUCUGGUAAGUUAAGUCCAGAAUAUACAAAUGUAGAUGGAAAGAAAAGUAAAAAUAAAAAUUUGCGUUCAGAUUAUAACGAAAAUUCAGUUGAAAUUUUACAUGAUUUAGAGUUUUCACAGAAAAGUGAUGAAAUAAAAAUAAGUGAUGAUGAAAGGUAUAUAUGUAUAAGUGGAUGUUAUCCUCCUCAAGUAGGAUUAUAUGAUACAAAAGAAUUAUCAAUAAAACAUAGAAGACAUUUUGAUGAAGAAGUAGUAAAUUUUGAGUUUUUAAGUAAUAAUUAUGAAAAAUUGGUUUUUUUAUGUAAAAAUAGAUAUUUAGAAUUUCAUAAUGCAGCAGGAAAGUAUUAUAAAAUGCGUAUACCUAGAGAAGGAAGAAAUUUAAUGUAUAAUAAAGAAAACUCAAAUUUAUAUAUAUGUGCAUCUUAUGAGGAUAUAUAUAUUUUAAAUUUACAAAAAGGUUGUUAUCAAAAUUCUAUAACUACAAAAAAUGAAAGCAAUAAUUUUAUAUGUAAAAAUCUACAUUUGCCUAUAUUUGCCACAGGGGGAUCAAACGGUUUUUUAGAAAUAUGGGAUGAAAGAAUAAAAAAAAGUUUAAAUUUUUUAAAUAUAAAUGAAUAUGAUGAAUUAACCAGUGGAUCUUUUUCUGAUAAUGGAUUAAAAAUAGGUGUUGGAACUAGUAAUGGGAUAAUAAAAUUGUUUGAUAUUAGGCAUAAUAAGCCUUUACUUAUUAAAGAUCAUUGUAAUGAUUUACCUAUUAAAAAAUUAGAAUUUCUUAAAAUAAAUAAUAACAAAUAUUUUUAUAAUAAUGAUGAUGAUAAAAAUUUUUCUACAUAUAACGAAUGUAUUGCCUCUUCAGAUAGUAAUUGCAUUAAAAUUUACUCAGAAAAUAAAAGUCUUUUAUCCUUACAAAUAAUUAAAUUUGAUGAUGAAAAAAGCAAUAAAAAAAACAAGUUAUUAAAUAAUGACUCUAUAAAUAUUAAUUCUUUUACUUUUUAUAAAAACUCAGGGUUAUGUUUUAUACCUUGUGAUAACAAAAAAGUUUUUAUAUAUUUCAUUCCUUUUAUUGGAUUAGCUCCAAAGUGGUGCAAUUUUCUUGAUAAUAUGACAGAAGAAUUAGAAGAAAAAGAAAGAUAUAGAAGAAAUGAUACUGAUGAUUACUCGAAUGAAUUAUUUGAUGAUUACGUAUUUUUAACUAGCCAACAAGUGGACCAAUUAAAUAUAAACCAUUUGAAGGGAACAAAAAAUUUAAUUUCUUAUUUACAUGGUUAUUAUAUUCCUACAAAAAUUUAUGCGGACAUUAAAAGUGUUAUAGAUCAAAAUAAUUUUGAACAAAUUAAAAAAACAAUCAUACAAAAAAAAUUAGAAAGUAAACAACAAAUGCGUAUACCUCAGAAAAAUGCAUUAGUGAAUAAAGAAUAUGUACAUAAUUUAUUAAAUAAAGUUCAGAAGAAAAUAGAUAAAAAACAAAAAGUUAUGUAUGAUGCAGAACAAUUAUUACAAGAUAAAAGAUUUAAUAAAUUAUUUUAUGAUCCAGAAUAUAUGAUUGAAACUGUACAUUUAAAUAAAUAA